UUGUCUUUGAUCAUUCGUAGUGGCGUAGUCGUCGAUCGUUUAAUUAUGAGGGUGGGGAAGGCGCAGAGACCACAGGCGUGGGUUUUCUUCUCACAGCUAGCUAGCUAGCUAGCUAUUGCUAGCUGCUUCUUCGCUUGCUUUUGGGUAUUUAAUUAUUUGCUUCGAAUGUCGCAGUGUCGAUAUUCCGAAAUCUCGAUCGCCUUCUUCUUCUUCUCCUCAUGAAUUUUUGCUACGAUGAAAUGAUCGAGUUUUUCUGUACAUGUGUGUGUGUUUUUGAGUUAUUAGGGUUUUAAAGGAGCUGCUGCUACCAUGAAUGCGAAUAAUUAAGAGAGAGGAAGUGGUGGGAAUGGAAUAGGACCAGUGGUGGUUUUGGUUCCCGUGAUCCUCUCUCCACUUUUGAUUCAUCACUUUCCUCGAUUGUGGAUCUUGCUAAAAGGAGGAGCUGGAUACAAAUUACUAUUCGAUGAGUUUUAGGAGAUCGGCCUCCAUGAACGCCGGCGGUGAUCUCUCUCCACGGGGCCUCGUUUCCCACAGAUCCCAAAAAAAACAUUCCUUCACCUCCCCAGCUCUCUCCCUCGGCCUGCAAACCGGCACGGAAGCACAGAUGAACUUAAGCCGAAUAACUGGCGAUGAGAACGAUUGCAGAUCAGGGAGCGACAACUUGGAAACUGUCUCCGGCGACGACGUCGAUCAAGAACAGAAUCCCCGAAAGAAGAAGAAGAGAUACCAUCGCCACACGCCGCAACAAAUCCAAGAACUCGAAGCUUUGUUCAAGGAUUGCCCUCAUCCUGAUGAGAAACAAAGGCUUGAACUGAGCAAGCGGCUUUGCUUGGAGAGCCGCCAGGUCAAGUUCUGGUUCCAGAAUCGGCGCACUCAGAUGAAGACACAAAUUGAGCGGCACGAGAACGCGAUCCUCAGGCAGGAGAACGACAAGCUUCGUGCGGACAACAUGGCGAUCGGGGAGGCGACGAGGAAUCCUGUCUGCAGCAACUGCGGCGGCGCGGCGAUGCUCGGCGAUAUCUCCCUCGAGGAGCAGAACCUCCGCAUCGAGAACGCCAGGCUCAAAGAAGAGCUCGACCGCCUCUGCGCCCUCGCCGGCAAGUUCCUCGGCCGCUCCACGCCGUGUUUCGCCGCUGACAACAUCGACGUCGCGCCGCCCCCCUUUCCGAGAUCGCUCCUGGAGCUUGGCGUGGGCAGCAACGGCGGCUUCGCCGCAGGAUUAGUCCCUCCCGAACUUUUUCCUCCGACGCCUGCGACCAUCAGCCCGUUGCACGGCGGCGGUGCCGUCGCACACCUGACCUCAUCCGACAGGAGCAUGUUGUUGGAGCUCGCACUGGCGGCCAUGGAUGAGCUACUGACCAUGGCGCACAUGGACGCACCGCUUUGGAUCCGGAGUUCGGAUGGUAGCGCGGAGGCCUUGAACUACGAGCAGUAUCACCGCAGCGUCAGCCGCAUCGCCGGCUUGUCGCCGGCUGGAUUUGUCGCCGAGGCCUCGAGGCAGACCGGAAUGGUGAUCGUAAAUAGCCUAGCUCUCGUUGAAACAUUCAUGGAUUCUGAUCGUUGGGCAAAUAUGUUCUCUUCCAUCGUAGCAAAGAACACAACCGUAGAAGUCAUAUGCAACGGUGCGGGCGGAACUAAAAACGGCGCUUUGCAACUCAUGCGCGCUGAGCUACAAGUGUUGUCGCCGUUAGUUGCGAUUCGGGAGGUGAACUUCCUCAGAUUCUGUAAGCAGCAGGCGGAGGAGGGCACUUGGGUUGUGGUGGAUGUCUCCGUCGACUUUAUCAGAGAAAACGCAUCGUCUGGAUCCAGCUGCAGAUUGAUGCCUUCUGGAUUUGUGGUACGAGAUAUGCCCAAUGAUUACUCGAAGCUCGUAUGGGUGGAGCACGCCGAGUACGACGAGUCUCAGGUGCAUCUUCUCUACCGCCCGCUGCUCCGCUCCGGCCUGGCCUUCGGCGCCGGUCGGUGGCUAGCCACCCUUCAGCGCCGGUGCGAGUGCCUCGCCAUCCUCUCGUCCGCUUCCAACUUGGACGAGUCUGGGACGAUAACGGCGAGCGGGCGACGGAGCAUGCUGAAGCUGGCGCAGAGGAUGACCGAAGCCUUCUGCGCUGGCGUUUGCAAGUCGUCGGCGCACGAGUGGACCAAACUGGAAUCGCACAGCAUCGGGCCCGACGUGCACGUGAUGACGAGGAAGAGCGUCGGCGACCCGGGCGAGCCGGCCGGCGUGGUUCUCAGCACCGCCACCUCUGUUCCCCUGCCCCUGAUCUCGCCGAAGCGCCUCUUCGACUUCCUCCGGGAGGCGGGCCUCCGAAGCAAGUGGGACAUCCUCUCCAACGGCGGCCCCAUGUACGAGAUGGCUCACAUCGCCAAAGGCCAGGCCGCCGGAAACGCCGUCUCCCUCCUCCGUGCCAGCGUACGCAUUCCGUUAAUUAAUCAAAUCACAAGGAAACAACAAUUAAAUCCGAAAUCACAAAUCCCAUUUUGUAACACGCAGGCGGUGAGCUCGAACCAACCAAGCAUGCUGAUAUUGCAAGAGACGUGCGCCGACGCGUCGGGCGCGAUGGUGGUAUACGCGCCGGUGGACGUGCCGGCGAUGCACCUGGUCAUGAACGGCGGCGACUCGGCCUACGUGGCGCUGCUGCCUUCGGGGUUCGCCAUCCUCCCGGACGGCGGGGAGGGCUCUCUUCUCACCGUCGGAUUCCAAAUCCUCGUAAACAACCAGCCGACGGCGAAGCUGACGGUGGAGUCGGUGGAGACCGUCAACAGCCUCAUCUCCUGCACGGUUCAAAAAAUCAAAGCCGCAGUGUUCCACUACGGGGACUAAUUACAAAGCAGACAUCGAUGUAUCGAUCGUAUAUAUAGAAAAGCACGAAUCAUGGAGAUCGAUCAUCGAUCGAAUUAAAUAGAUCACUAAUAAUUACGAUGAAUGGUGAGAUGGAGUCAAGAACGAACCGCGCGUACGUGUGGCCUAUGGUGGUGGUUCGGGUAUUGACUCGGUUUCAUGAAUGUUAUGAUAUUGUUUCCUUUCUGAUCACCAAUCAACUCCUGCACGAGGUGCGAGUACUUGACCGA